AUUCAGACAAAACAAAGACAUGAGUGAAGUGACAAAAACAGAGCAAGGAGGGCAGGCAUAGGCAGGGAGGGAUCAGAUGAAAAAGUGUCAUCCUUCACCUAGAGCAAGAGAGGAAACUAAUUAAAGUAACUGAAUGCACUGGAACUCUAAUGCCUCUAAUGCCUAUCUGUGUCUGUUAUUAAAAGAAAAGGUCAUUGCUCUGUCUAUUUUUGGUUAUUUUCAUUUCGUCCUCUGUGUCAAGUUUUCCAUGUCACCACUGUCCCUUGGUUAGAGGCUCUUUGUUAAAUGCCCAGCGUUUGGAGGGUGCACACUGCUCAGAUGGAGACUGAGAGAGCAGUCAGUACCUCUUUAUGCUCACAGCCUCUCCACAACUCCAUCACAUGGACGAACACAGUGACCCAUGUUUCAGAAUCGCUCCCCAUUAACUUCAGAGCUGCAGCAGGUCAGCACAAACAUGCUGAUUAUCUCACCCUGCCAUCUCUCCGCUGCGCUGCGCUACACUGCACUGCACUCCACUCCACUCUACUCACUUGUGAAGUAAAACUGUGGUGGAUGCUCACUGUGCACCAUGGAGGCUGUGGCUCUCUUCUCUUUCACAGCAUCAGAGGCAGAUGAGAUCAGCUUCCAGAAAGGAGACAUCAUCAAGGUGGUAGAAAUGGAGGAAGACUCUUUCUGGUUCACAGCUGAGAUUGAGGGGAAACGUGGAUUCAUACCUAAGAACUACAUCUCUCUGCACCCUCAUCUCUGGUUUGCAGGAGCAAUAUCAAGACUGGAGGCUGAACAACGACUGUGCUGGCAGGAUACUGGAGUGUUUCUAGUGAGGGAAAGUGAAUCAGCUCCAGGAGAGCUCUCUCUCUCUGUUAGGUAAGUGAAUGCACCACACCUUUAAACACUCUUUCUCUUCAGUUAAGGCUAACUCAAAGGGAGUAGUGCUAAAAUAGUUCUAUGUCAUUGUUUUUAUGUUUUUCUUCCAAAAAGACAGAAUUUAUUAACUAGGCCCAAGCAGCGAAGCACUGUGAAGGCCUAUUGUAAUCGCAAGAUUUCUUAUUUUUCCAACAAAGCACGCAGCUUUUUGGAGCCUUAAACAUAUUCAAAAACUCACCAAACGUCACCCAAAAUUGUUGCCGCCAUGACAGGCACCGACAACCUUGUGGCCACAGCUCCGAUAAGUCGCCUCGACAAUGGAGGCACGGAACAUGGCCCACUCAGACUCAAUGUCCUCCUCCUCCCCCGGAAUGUGUUCAAAGUUCUGGUGGAGGUGGGAGUUAAAGCUCCGUCUCACAGGAGACUCUGCCAGACGUUCCCAGCAGACCCUCACAACACGUUUGGGCCUGCCAGGUCUGACCGUCAUCCUCCCCCACCACUGGAGCCAACUCACCACCAGGUAGUGGCCCCCUCCCCCCCUCUCUCCACCCGAGUGUCCAAGACAUACGGCUGCAGAUCCGACGAAACGAUGACAAAGUCAAUCAUUGAACUGUGCCCUAGGGUGUCCUGGUGCCAAGUG